AUGAAGGAGCAGGCGCUAUUCUUCCUCUUGGUCCAAGUUUUUACUGCUCGACUUUUGCCCGGGGUUAAUGGUGAUCUCUGCAAGGUGAACGUUUGCUCAAAUGGUGGAACCUGCGUCACCAAAGCCGGAACGCCAUUCUUUUGCAUCUGCCCUGACGGAUUCACCGGAGAAACAUGCAACGAAACUGAGACAGGUCCUUGCAAGCCCAACCCUUGCAAGAACGACGGCAUAUGCACCGCGACAGGGCACUCCCGACGCGGCGACGUCUUCACCGAGUACAUCUGCAAAUGUCAGCCGGGAUUUGAGGGCGUCCACUGUCAGACCAGUGUCAAUGGAGCGGAUUUAAGCUCAAGAACAGAUGUGAAUGACUGUGCCGGACAGCCAUGCCAGAACGGAGGCAGGUGCAGGGAUUUGGACGGAGAUUUCAAAUGCCAAUGUCCAUCUCCUUAUGUGGGCAAACACUGCCAGCUGCGUUGCAUUUCUCUGCUCGGCAUGGAGGGCGGGGGCGUCGCAGAGUCCCAGAUCUCCGCCUCGUCCGUCCGCUACACCUUCCUGGGAUUGCAACGCUGGGGCCCCGAGCUAGCGCGCCUUAAUAACAAAGGCCUGGUGAACGCCUGGAGCCCCGCUCCUCAUGACAGGAACCCGUGGCUUGAGAUGAAUCUGCAGAGGAAGAUGCGCCUCACGGGCCUGGUGACACAGGGCGCCAGUCGCGUGGGAUCCGCAGAGUUCAUCAAGGCCUUCAAAGUAGCUUCCAGUCUUGACGGCAAAACGUACACAGUGUACAGGACGGACGACCAAAAGAAGGAUCAUAUAUUUACAGGCAAUAUUGACAAUGACGCCACAAAGACCAACGUGUUUGACCCACCAGUCAUCGCUCAGUACAUUCGCAUCAUCCCGGUGGUGUGUCGCAAGGCAUGCACUCUUCGCUUGGAGCUGGUGGGCUGUGAGCUCAACGUGUACUCAAACACUUCAGGUUGCUCUGAGCCUAUGGGCAUGAAAUCCCGGCUGGUUUCGGAUCAGCAGAUCACUGCUUCCAGCGCCUUCCGCACGUGGGGCAUCGAGGCCUUCACCUGGCACCCUCACUACGCCCGGCUGGACAAACAGGGCAAGACCAACGCUUGGACCGCCGCUACCAACAGCAAAUCAGAGUGGCUGCAGGUGGACCUGCAAGCUCCCAAAAAGCUCACAGGAAUCAUCACACAGGGAGCUAAAGACUUUGGUAAUGUCCAGUUUGUCUCUGCCUUCAAAGUGGCUUACAGUGAGGAUGGAUGGUCCUGGAAUACAGUGCAAGAUGAGACCACAAAGACAGACAAGAUCUUCCCCGGCAACAGCGACAACAACGUCCACAAAAAGAACCUGUUCGAGCCGCCCAUCUUCGCCCGCCUGGUGCGCAUCCUGCCGUGGGAGUGGCACGAGGCCAUCACCCUGCGGAUGGAGCUCCUGGGCUGUGACGAGUAG